AUGCCCGCGACGGAGUCGACGGACUAUGAUAAAGUGAAGGUCACCCUGCUACAGAGGUUUCGGUUAACGGCCGAGGGAUUCCGAGAAAGGUUUCGAGGCAGCAAGCCCAAUGAUUCAGAGACAGGGAAACAGUUUGCAUCCCGCUUGUCAGGUUAUCUCGACCGAUGGAUCGAGAUGUCAGGUACGGAAAAAUCGUACGAAGAAAUCAAAGCUCUAAUGGUGAAGGAGCAGUUUUUGUCCUGCUGCCACCCGAAGCUGGCCAUAUUCCUAAAGGAGCGGAGGCUUAAGACAGGGGAGGAAUUGACGGACUUCUCUGACCAGUUUAUGGAAGCACAGGGCCUGAGAAACCUGGGAAAAGCGAAAGAAGAGGCACCGAAAUCGCUAGGCACCGAUACGACGAAGCAGAGAUCGCAGGAAAAUACGCACAGACCGGCUCCUAGAUGCUUUAUUUGUAACAGAACAGGACACCGUAUGGCAGAUUGUCGGUUUGGAGGAGCAACGGGGAAGGCCCAGCUCGUUUGCCAGAAUUGCAAUAGAAGGGGUCACAGUACCGAAGACUGCAGGGUUAGGACCCAAGAAAAGGCUGCAUGCGUCGUGAGCCCUAGGCAGGAAUGGAUGGCAGGCAAUGACGUCACAAAUGCGGAUAAGACUGAAUGUGACACGAUCAAAGGAACCGAAAUGGCGAAGCCAGUGAUCGGCUGUGGACUCAGCAUGCCAGUGGUAGACGGAGAUAUUCGCGGGGAGCGUGUCUCAGUUUUGAGGGACAGCGGAACGAAUACCGUCCUUGUAAAAAGAAAUCUCGUCAAGGAUGAAGAGCUCACAGGUGAGCAAACGCCGGUGACGCUGGUUGACGGUACCGUGAGGUGGCUGCCCGAGGCCAUCAUAAGCGUGUCUACACCGUACUAUUCAGGAGCAGUGGCAGCGAAGUGCGUGGAAGAGCCCUUGUACGACUUAAUUCUUGGAAAUAUCCCUGGCGUAAGACAGGUAGAUGACCCAGAUCCGGAAUGGAAGGCGACAUACGAAACCGGACAAAAUACGCAGGGAUGCGGGCAACUGGAAAAAACGAAGGAACGGCCCCCUCAAGAAAACCCGAAGGAGGGAAAAAGUAAGGAGACAACAGAGGUUAAGGAGCUGGAAAUAAGCAACCCCCUGGUUUCAUCGGCGGUGCAAACUAGAGCGGCCACUGCGAACAGAGAAAAAACACCGAAGCUGAAGGUGCCUGCGGCGGAGGCGCUGAAAGUUACACCUGCGGAGGUAGCAAAACAGCAGAAAGAGGACGGAUCACUCGCCGACUGUUUCAAAACGGUGGGGGAAGUUCAGAAGAGGAAGAGGGGUCGAACAACGUUUGAGUACCUCAUUCGAGAUAACUUGUUGUACAGAAAGUGCACUUUUUGCACAGGGAGAGAAAUUCUGCAACUUGUUGUACCGGAGGGUUUGAGAGCCGCUGUGAUGAGUCUCGGGCAUGACGCAGUCAUGGCUGGACACCAAGGUGCGAAAAGUACAACGACCAGGAUAACAGAAGAAUUUUUCUGGCCUGGCGUGCAGAGCGACGUAAAACGUUACGUCAAAUCUUGCGACAUAUGUCAACGAACUAUACCGAAAGGACGAGUGGGAAAAGCGCCCCUCGGAAGCAUGCCCACCAUCGAACUCCCAUUCCAGAGAGUAGCGAUCGAUGUCAUCGGACCCAUCUCCCCGUCAUCAAGGAAAGGCAACCGCUACGUACUAACUUUGGUGGAUAUGGCAACUAGAUACCCGGAUGCCGUGGCUCUGAAGACUAUCAAUACUGUGGAGAUUGCAGAGGCACUGCUGGAGAUGUUCGCUCGGUAUGGAGUUCCCAAGGAGAUACUCAGCGACCGAGGGUCGAACUUUACAUCAGACCUAAUGAGGGAAAUCAACCGGCUGAUGUCCAUUCAGCAACUGCUAACCACGCCUUACCACCCCAUGUGUAACGGUUUGGUAGAAAGAUUCAAUGGGACUAUUAAGCAUAUGGUGAAGAAGAUGUGUCAAGAAAGGCCCGCUGAUUGGGACAGGUACCUACCUGCACUGUUAUUUGCCUAUCGAGAGGUCCCACAAUCAAGCUUAGGAUUUUCACCGUUCGAGAUGUUAUACGGCAGAACCGUGAGAGGGCCACUAGCCAUUCUUCACGAACUUUGGACCAACCAAGAGCUCGAAGCUGAACUGAAGACAACGUAUGCCUAUGUGCUGGAACUUCGAGAGAGAUUAGAGGAGACCUGCAAGAUGGCGCAUGAGAAUCUGGAUAAAGCCCGGGAAAAGUACAGGAAGUUCUACGACCGCAAGGCGGUAGACAGACAGCUUAAGCCAGGAGAAAGAGCGCUUAUCUUACUCCCAAGUGACAGAAAUAAGCUGACCAUGCAAUGGAAAGGACCAUUUCCGGUGACACGGAAGAAGAAUGACGUCGACUACGAGCUACAGUUAAAUGGAAACAAAAAGAUUUUUCACAUAAACAUGCUGAAGAAAUACGAAGAGAGAAGCCCCCCUAACAAUCAGAAAAUUGCCUGUAUGGUAAUCAGCGAAGAGGAAGAGGUCGCAGAAAUGCCCACGUGCAACCUUGCAAAGAGCAUGGGAUCGGAGAAAGUGAUUAUCAGUCCCGAACUCAAUGCCAACAAAACAUCGCAAGUUAAAGCCCUCCUAGGAAAGUAUGAAGAAGUCUUUUCUGAUGUACCUGGCAAGACAACAGUUCUCAGUUGCAAAAUACGACUGACGACCGAACAGCCGGUACACGUCCGGCAGUAUCCACUGCCUUUAUCGGCUCAAGAUACACUCGAAACAGAAGUAAAGGAGAUGCUCCGAAUGGGAAUCAUAGAGCGUACAGAGUCCGCUUACAACUCGCCAACUCGCCAUUGGUGGCGGUCAGAAAGGCUGAUGGCUCACACCGGAUAUGUGUGGACUUUAGGCGCCUAA